AACUAGUCCUGAAGGGAGAUCAAAGAAUACAUAACCCCAGCCAAACAACAGACGAGAAAGGACUUGAAACCUGGAUAAAUAUGAGGCUGCUGAUAGUUUUUUAGUCCAAGUGGAUUUCAUUGAUCAUGUGGAUUCUUUCCCACAUACUUUGGAGUUUGUUUUUCUACCUUUUGGCACUGCAAAGGUGUGAGUGAGAGAAGUGGGACAGCCAGGGCAGAGGGAGGAGCUGCAGGGCUCUUCACGUGGACUACAGCUCUGUUCAUAUGGUAAAUAGACAGUCACAUGGGGCAAUAGUCUUGAGGCAGUGGGGGGAAAAGAGAGGGAAAGGAACAAGGAGAGAGAGAGAGACAGAUACCUAGGAGGACUUUGUCCUGCCCCAUGUGCAGGAGGUGGCACUUUCACCCUGAGGGUACUGGAUCACAUUACAGAAAGAAAAGGAAACAACAGACUGGAAGUGAGUGCCAUGUUUUGGUCAAGCUGAAUCUUAAACUAUUCCACCAGGACCCUGAUAUGGCUCUAUCCUUUACUUCUUCCAUUUGACUCAAUUCAGAUACCUCUUUCCUCCCCUCUGUGGGAGUAAAUGUUCAACAGCUUUCAAAAGCCUCCCUGGGCAGUUGCCUCUUGAGACCUUGUCUUAAUAUCUCACGGGAGCGCAAACAGCCAAGAUGCCCAUUAAUUUCACUGUAGUGCCAGUGGAGGAUGCAGUGGCCGGCAGCAACAACGCAGCAGCCGCUGUCAGUCUGGACAAGAUCUUUCAGGAGGAAGACACUGAUGACAACUUACAAGGAGAUGACAACCAGAGAGAAUCCAGUCCAUUCAUCAGUUCAGACACUGAUGGAGAAACCUACUAUGACGGCAAGAACAUGGCCCUGUUUGAGGAGGAAAUGGACAGUAACCCGAUGGUGUCAUCUCUGCUCAGCAAGCUGGCCAUCUACACCAACCUGACCCAGGGUGUUCGAGAGCAUGAGGAGGCGGAGAAUGAGGAUGGGGUCAGGAGGGUCACUGUCGUGGUCCCCCAAAUGGGAACCUUCAUUGGAGUUUACCUGCCCUGCAUGCAGAACAUCCUGGGUGUGAUUCUCUUUCUGCGUCUAACCUGGAUCGUUGGGACAGCGGGAAUCCUGGGCUCCUUCGCCAUCGUCUCCAUGUGCUGCAUCUGUACAUUGCUCACAGCCAUAUCAAUGAGUGCCAUAGCAACCAAUGGAGUUGUCCCAGCUGGUGGCUCGUACUACAUGAUCUCCAGAUCUUUGGGUCCUGAGUUUGGAGGAGCAGUGGGACUCUGUUUCUAUCUGGGCACCACCUUCGCUGGAUCCAUGUACAUACUGGGCACCAUAGAGAUUCUGCUGACAUACAUCAUUCCAACAGCAACCGUAUUUAAAGAAGGGGAAGACGCAGCAAUGCUCAAUAACAUGCGUGUGUACGGCACAGGCUGCUUGGUCCUAAUGGCACUGGUUGUGUUUGUAGGAGUCAAGUAUGUGAACAAACUGGCUCUGGUGUUUUUGGCUUGUGUGAUUCUCUCCAUCAUGGCCACUUAUGCAGGAGUCAUCAAGACGCUCAUCGAACCACCUGAGUUUAGUGUGUGUUUGCUGGGGAACCGCUCAUUGAAGAACCAAAAGUUUGAAACGUGUGCAAAGACAGAGCUUGUGAAAAACCAGACUGUGACCACCGACCUCUGGCCGCUCUUCUGUGACAGCGAAUACCCCAAUGCCACCUGUGACGAAUACUUCAUGUUGAACAACCUGACAGAAAUACAGGCCAUACCCGGGCUUCUGAGCGGAGUCAUCAAAGACAACCUGUGGGGGAACUAUGGUCCGGCUGAAGAGUUGAUAGAGAAGAAAACCCAGCCCUCAGUACCGGCCCUGGAAAUAUCUAACGACAUCUCCAAGCCUUAUCUCUUCAAUGACAUCUCCACUUACUUCACUCUGCUGGUGGGGAUAUACUUCCCCUCUGUCACAGGUAUAAUGGCUGGUUCUAAUAGGUCUGGUGAUCUCAGAGAUGCCCAGAGGUCGAUCCCAAUAGGAACAAUAAUGGCGAUUCUCACCACCUCUUUCAUCUACAUCUCCUGUGUGGUCUUGUUUGGAGCCUGUAUUGAAGGAGUGGUACUGAGAGACAAGUUUGGUUACUCUGUAAAGAAGAACCCAGUGAUUGGUAUUCUGGCCUGGCCGUCACCCUGGGUGAUUGUGAUUGGCUCCUUUUUCUCAUGCUGUGGAGCAGGACUUCAGAGCCUCACCGGCGCCCCCCGGCUGUUGCAGGCCAUCGCUCGGGACGGCAUCAUCCCAUUCUUGCAGGUCUUUGGUCAUGGGAAGGCCAACGGUGAGCCGACCUGGGCUCUGCUGCUGACAGUGGGGAUCUGUGAGAUAGGAAUCCUCAUCGCUUCUCUGGAUGCUGUGGCCCCCAUCCUCUCCAUGUUCUUCCUCAUGUGUUAUCUGUUUGUCAACCUGGCCUGUGCUGUACAGACGUUGCUCCGCACACCCAACUGGAGACCUAGAUUCAAGUUCUAUCACUGGACCCUGUCCUUCUUAGGGAUGAUCCUGUGUCUCUCCCUUAUGUUCAUCUCCUCCUGGUACUAUGCCCUGGUUGCCAUCGUGAUAGCGGGAUGUAUCUACAAGUACAUUGAGUACAGAGGGGCAGUGAAGGAGUGGGGUGAUGGUAUCCGAGGCCUGUCCUUAAACGCAGCACGCUACGCUCUUAUCCGACUGGAGGAAGUGCCACUACACACCAAAAACUGGAGGCCUCAGCUGUUGGUGUUGUGUAAGCUGAACUCAGACAUGGCGGUCAAACACCCCCGUCUCCUGUCCUUCACCACGCAGCUCAAAGCUGGGAAGGGACUGACCAUUGUCUGCUCAGUCCUGGAGGGAACUUACAUGACGCAGGGCAACCAGGCCAAGUUGGGAGAACAGAACUUAAAAGCCGCCAUGGCUGCAGAGCGAACAAAGGGUUUUUCCCAUGUGGUGGUUUCGUCCAACCUGCGAGAUGGUUUCUCCCUCCUCAUCCAGUCAGCAGGACUGGGAGGAAUGAAACACAAUGCCGUCCUGAUGGCCUGGCCAGUGGGCUGGAAACAGGCCCGGGACUCGUCUGCGAGGAGGAAUUUUAUAGAAACCGUAAGAGAGACAACAGCAGCACAUCAAGCUCUGCUGGUUGCUAAGAACAUCGACCACUUCCCUAGCAACCAGGAGCGUCUGAAGCAGGGAACCAUUGACGUGUGGUGGAUCGUACAUGAUGGUGGACUGCUCAUGCUGCUGCCAUUUUUACUGAGUCAACACAAGGUAUGGAGGAAGAGCAAAAUGAGGAUCUUCACAGUAGCACAGAUGGACGACAACUCCAUCCAGAUGAAGAAAGAUCUCCAAAUGUUUGUCUAUCAUCUGCGACUGGACGCAGUGGUGGAGGUGGUGGAAAUGCAUGAGAGUGAUAUCUCAGCCUUCACCUACGAGAAGACGCUGGUGAUGGAGCAGAGAUCUCAGAUGCUCAAGCAGAUGCAGCUGUCUCGCACUGAGAGGGAGAGAGAGAUUCAGAGCAUCACAGAUGUGUCACGCGGCUCCAUAAAAAGGAAGACGUCGUCUACUGUUGGCGCCCCACCCCUCAACACUGUGUGUAUUCCAGAGGAUGAGGCCCAGCUGAUCCACGACCGCAACACGGCCUCUCACUCUGCAAUGACCGAAAAAGCUGUAGGUGCCACACCAGAUCGUGUUCACAUGACCUGGACCAAAGACAAACUGGUCAAUGAGAGGAACAGACAGAGAGAAAGCAUGGCGGUCAAAGACUUGUUUAAUAUGAAACCUGAGUGGGAGCACCUGAACCAGUCCAACGUGCGAAGGAUGCACACUGCGGUGAAGCUCAACGAGGCGGUUGUAAAGAAGUCCCAAAAUUCACAGCUGGUUUUGCUCAACAUGCCAGGCCCACCGAAGAACAUGAAAGGGGACGAGAACUAUAUGGAGUUUCUGGAGGUUCUGAUGGAAGGCUUAGAUCGCGUCCUGUUGGUUCGUGGAGGAGGUAGUGAGGUCAUUACCAUCUACUCGUAGCACCAAUAGUUCCGACCUGUUUAAAAGGACACUGGAGAAAACAUGGUUGGACAGUGGGAACGCAGAGGGCAGGAGGCGUUUAACAAAAGGGCCUGGCUUCAAGCCAGGACAUGGACAAAGAUGAGGACAAGCAGUACAAACCCCCUCACACUGUCAGGAGAGAAGAAGCUUGACAUUCUGGAGGACUGUGUGAAGGACUGGGGAGUCUUCCUACGACACAGCCUGGGCUCAGUGCGUCCUCUCCGGGCACAGAGGGCGCUCCACAACCUGUCCUUCUUGGGCUCCGUAACGCCUCCACAUGUCCACACUGUCAGAUGACGACUGUGAGGUCGUCUUGCGGAGAUGUUCUUUCCUCUGAAAGAGACGGCAGCAACAUGUUAUAUUUCUUCACCAGACACCUCUCUAGAAGAAAGAACUCCUGACUACAACUUGUUGUUCUUUUUUACCAUUUUGUAGCGUUUUGUGGCUACCAGAUUAUCCCAUUGGUUUCAAUGAGGAAUGCACACAUUGUUGAGAAUGUCUUAAUUUCAGUGCCAUUGAGUACAAUGUUCAUAGUUGACCGACUUCGGAAUGAAAAGAUAAGUUAAACACGCUUUUUAGUCAUAAUAUUUUAUAGAAUAUCAGGUUUGCCUCAUGUCACUGCAAAGGACAUUGGAACAAAACCAUCGUCUGUGAGAACAGUUUCAGGGUAAAUGUGGCAGUAUUGAUCAAUAGGAAUCAAUAGUGACGAUUGUUUAAAGCACUGCUCACUUGUUUUAAUGUGAGUGAUAACUUUAAUGUAUAUUGUGUUGCUUCAUACAUUUUGAUGUCCGUGUAAAGGGUUUCAUCAUUAAAUGUAAAGGGAUCAGAUGCCAGAACAGAACAAAGAUUUGCAGGAAACUACAUGUUUAAUGUUUUAACAUUAAUCAUGUGGGAGGAGCUGACACAGUGAUUUGUGACGCUGAAUCCAAAGUCAAAUUCUUCCAGAGAGACUGAAAUCAGCAUUCAGACUGAUCCGUCACUCCGUGUAAGUGUGACAGCAAAUUCUCUCAGUGAUAAUUUUUUGAAGUUUAGGAAAGAAGCUAUACUGCUUGAUGUUGAUUGUCUUCUUGUUUAAAAAAAUUCUUACAAUUUG